AUAAUCCUCUAAACUAAAAUUUUGUAAACAAACAACAAAUUUGUUGCUGUCAGAUCUUAAUGAUUUUAAUUUGAAAAAGCUUGCGAGCAAUAAGUUUACGAAAAUGGAUAUAGUUGAAUCACUUUGCUGCUUAUGUGCUGAUGACCUAGAUGAUCCAAUAUUGCUAGAAAGAUGUGAAGGAUUAACAGAAAUUCAAAAAUUAGUAGAUCAUCCAUUGAAACUUAACUCUCAUAUAUGUAUGAGUUGUUUUCUUCUUUUAAGUAGCAUACGAAAGUUUUCUAUACAAUUCCAAAAGACUCAAAAGCUUUUUACUUUUUUGUUGACGAUGUUUGAUCCAGCAAUUGAAUUAGAUUUGAAUGAACUUAGAAAGCAAUAUGGUUUGGAUUUGGAUGAUAAAGCUGAUAAAUCAACUGAAAGUGUCGAUCUUUCAUUAGAUAUAAAAGACGAAUUCAUGAAUUCCCAAGCGCUUUCAUGUGGGGAUCAUGCAUUUAAUGAACUUGAAGACUUUGGAGAAAUCUCAACAAUGUCUCCCCCUGAAAGUAACUUUGUGAUAGAUGUUGAAGUAAAAGAAGAGGAGGAACAAACAUUGAAGAUGCAAGUUGAUGAUAAUCAAGAUGAAGAUCUAAAUUCAAAAACUGAAACAUCUUCAGAUGGUCACAUAAACUUUACCUGCCAUAUUUGUCAAGAAGAAUUAAAGACAUUCUACAGUCUAAAGAACCAUUAUAAAAGGGAACACCAAACCAACCCUCAAAUGACAUGCUCAUGUGGUGCAACUGUCACUUCGAAAUCACAAAUUCUCAUUCAUCGAAAGAUGCACAUGACUAAAAAUCUAUUCUCUUGUAAGUUUUGCGACAAAAUAUAUUCUCAUCAACAGUCACUACAAAGUCAUAUGAGACGAACUCAUCCAGACACUAAAAAUUCUUCAUUCUUGUGCUUAAUUUGUCCAAAACAAUUUGACACAGAACGGAAAUUAAAAGUUCAUAAUCAGUCACACUUACCAGAUGAAAAGAAGAUGAUUCACCCUUGUCCUUACUGUGAUAAAAGAUUCACCAAAUCUGUCAAUAUUCAAGCUCAUGUUCGGUCAAUUCAUCAAAUGGAAAGACCUUUUCUAUGUUCCGAAUGUGGAAAAUGUUUCAGUACCAAAGGGGCACUAAAGGAACAUCAUGUAAUUCAUUCCGACACUUAUCCUUAUCAAUGUAGCUUUUGUCCGAAGAAAUUCAAAAAUCUUCCGAGACUGAAGACUCAUGAAGACAUUCAUAACCCGACACAGUAUAUUUGUAAUAUUUGUGGAAUUUCUUUGAAUACAAAACGAACUUUGAAGAUGCAUAUGGUUGUCCAUAGCGAUCAAAAAAGAUAUAAAUGUCAAUGCUGUGGUUCAAGUUUUAAACGCUCCAAAGCACUUAAAAAUCAUUUGAUUCUUCAUUCGGGUCUUCGUCCAUAUUCUUGUCCUUUUUGCGAUAAGACAUUUGCAAAUGGUUCAAAUUGUCGUAGUCAUAAGAAAAAGGCUCAUCCAGCUGAAUUAGCCGCACUUGAAGCAAGUGGAAAAGUUUUAAAUUCGGCACCAAACAUUCCAAGCCUUGAGCAACUUCAACCAAAAGUUCAACAAGUUUAAUAUUUAAAGAAAAUGAUUAGUCGAAUAUCAACAUUUUAAAGAAGAUAAAACAAGAGUUUCAAUUUCAAAAUAAUCUUUGUGAUUCUCGCCCAAAGCUUCUACAUUCAUCCAAGGAAUGACCAAAAAAUAAGAUUUAAAAGCAACAAUAAAAGAAUUCAUCAUCAAUAAUUCAUAUUCCUGUACCAUCAACUACUUCAAAGAAUGAGAUCGUAAAUUUUCAAGAUUCAUUUGAGCUUUGAUUUAUUCGAAACUUAAAGUUAACGACUUGAACAAAUAGGACAGAACAAGAAAGAGCUUUUUGAAAAGUGAUUUACGGGGAAACAUUCCUCAACAUUCAAUUGUUCGUAAUAUGAAAGGAAAAAGAAAUAAAUUCAACUUAAAAAUUGCAAUAAAA